AUGCCGCCGCCGUUACCGUCUCUGCAACUCCGGCGGCUGCUCGUCCGUAGCUUCGCCUCAUCCUCCUCCGUCAAUAGGCUUCAAUUUCAGUCCCAUAUCAGUUUCCCUAAUCCGUCGUUUUCUCCUCCUCCACUUCCCAAAUUCUCGAUAUUUCCUUCUAGAUUCUUCUCAUCAGAAACAAAUGCCGAAUCUGUAACUCAAGAUUCGAAUCAGAUCGCUCUUUCUCUAUCGAAGGAGCUCACUGGGAAUCCUGAAGCCGAGCCUCAAUCCAUCUCGCAGAGUUUCCACCUCAGCUUCUCCCACAUCACUCCGAACCGAGAUUUAAUCCUCCAAACCCUCAAUCUCUCUCCGGAAGCUGGUCGCGCAGCUCUAGGGUUUAACGAGUGGCUGGAUUCGAACACUGGCUUCUCCCACACCGAUGAAACAGUUUCGUUUUUCGUCGAUUACUUCGGCCGUCGGAAGGAUUUCAAAGGGAUGCAAGAGAUCAUCGCGAAAUACAAAGACGUCACCGGAGCCAAAACGCUAGAGUCGGCGAUCGACAGGCUCGUCCGAGCGGGUCGAGCUAAGCAGGUCGUUGAGUUUUUCGAGAAGAUGGAGAGCGAUUACGGGUUAAAACGUGACAGAGACUCACUUACCAUGGUCGUGAAGAAGCUCUGCGAGAAAGGGCACGCGAGUUUCGCAGAGAAGAUGGUGAAGAACACUGCCAACGAGAUAUUCCCCGACGAAAACAUCUGUGAUUUGUUGAUCAGUGGUUGGUGCGCUGCUGAGAAACUCGACGACGCAACUAGGUUAGCUGGUGAGAUGGCUAGAGGAGGAUUCGAGAUAGGAACGAGAGCAUAUAACGUGAUUCUUGACUGUGUCUGCAAGCUCUGUAGGAAGAAAGAUCCGUUUAGGCUCCAACUCGAAGUGGAGAAGGUUUUGCUCGAGAUGGAGUGCCGUGGUGUGCCGAGAAACACACAGACUUUCAAUGUGUUGAUCAACAAUCUGUGUAAGAUCAGGAGAACCGAGGAGGCGAUGACGUUGUUUGGUAGGAUGGGUGAGUGGGGUUGUCAGCCAGAUGCUGAAACCUACCUUGUUCUGAUCAGGAGUUUGUAUCAAGCAGCUAGGGUCGGUGAAGGAGACGAAAUGAUCGACAAGAUGAAGUCUGCAGGGUACGGUGAGUCUUUGGAUAAGAAGGAGUAUUACGGGUUUCUCAAGAUAUUGUGUGGGAUCGAGAGGCUUGAGCAUGCGAGUAAAGUGUUCAAGGUCAUGAAAGCUGAUGGAUGCAAACCUGGGAUCAAGACUUAUGAUUUGUUGAUGGCGAACAUGUGUGCGCAUAACCUGCUAACUAAAGCUAAUGGUUUGUACAAAGAAGCGGCAAGGAACGGAAUCGCUGUUAGUCCUAAGGAAUACAGAGUUGAUCCGAGGUUUAUGAAGAAGAAGACGAAGGAAGUGGAUAGCAAUGUGAAGAAGAGGGAGACUUUGCCUGAGAAAACCGCGAGGAAGAAGAGACGGCUCAAGCAGAUCAAUAUGAGCUUUGUUAAGAAACCGCAUAAUAAGAUGAGACGGAGAAUGUGA